AUGAUUGCCACCGGAGUUAAAUCGAUGCUAGGGCUUUCGAUUGCAUCGUCUCCCAAAGGGAUUCCUGACGGCAAUUCGUUGAGUAAUCGGAGAUCUGUUGGUGUUUUUCGCGCCUGUGUUUCCAUGGAUGGAUCGCAGACGCUAAGCCAUAACAAAAAUGGGUCUAUUCCUGAGAUUAAAUCGAUUAAUGGCCACACAGGGCAAAAACAAGGUCCAUUGUCUACUGUCGGAAACUCGACGAAUAUAAAGUGGCAUGAGUGCCCUGUUGAGAAGGUUGAUCGACAGAGAUUGCUUGACCAGAAAGGAUGUGUGAUUUGGGUCACUGGUCUUAGUGGUUCAGGGAAGAGCACUUUGGCUUGUGCUUUGAACCAAAUGUUGUACCAAAAGGGGAAGCUUUGUUAUAUUCUUGAUGGUGAUAAUGUAAGGCAUGGCUUAAACCGUGAUCUGAGCUUUAAAGCAGAGGAUCGUGCAGAGAACAUUCGUAGAGUCGGAGAGGUUGCCAAGCUUUUUGCGGAUGCUGGAAUCAUCUGCAUUGCAAGUUUAAUAUCGCCAUACCGAAGAGACAGGGACACUUGUCGAACUUUGCUCCCUGAGGGGGAUUUUAUUGAGGUUUUCAUGGAUGUACCGCUUGAAGUUUGUGAGGCGAGAGAUCCUAAAGGUCUGUACAAACUUGCUCGUGCAGGAAAGAUCAAAGGUUUUACCGGGAUCGAUGACCCUUACGAGGCACCGUUGAAUUGCGAGAUCCUGAGCUUUUUCGCGUCAAUCUCUUAUCUUACCUACGUUCUCGUGUUCUGCCAUGUGAAGAUUGCUCUAGGACACGAAGGAUCAGGAACUUCUCCAACCGAAAUGGCUGAAAAAGUCGUUGGAUACUUAGAACACAAGGGUUAUCUUCAGGCAUAA